AUGUUAAAGAAAGACAACAUUCAAAGACAAGAACGUGCAUUGAGUGUUGCCAGAGAACAAGCACAAGAAGAGAAGAAAAUAGUUGAAGGAGAAGCUUCAAAUAGAGGUGGUCCAGGAACUUACAAAGGAUCAAACUAUCCAGCAGAGAAAGCCUCGAGUGAUAAUGUUGUCUCAAGAGCUACUGAUUUAGUUACCCAUGGUAUUCUAACUGGUGCAACAGCUGUUGGUAGUGCUAUUGGAACCAGUGUUGACACUGUUGUUGAUACUGUAAGAACUGUUACAAAUCCUACACCUGAAGAUAGGAAGGAAGAAUUUCUUACUCUUAAUACAAAGGCAAAACCAGGGAUAUGGAUUGGUCGUGGAAUUUUAAAUGCUGGUAGUGCUAUUGGCAAUGGUGCUUCAGCGGUAGGGGGAUGGCUCGGAAGAACAGCAACAUCAACCGCAAAUGGAAUACUAACAGGUGCCAAAUCACUUGGUAAUUGGGCUGAUGAUAAGUAUACAAAAUAUUAUGAAGAAAAAGCUCGUAAGGCUAAGGAAGAAGCUGAACGAAAGGCGAAAGAAGAAGCUGAACGUAAAGAACUAGAGGAGCUUAAGAAGAAAGAAAAAGCUCGUAAGGCUAAGGAAGAAGCUGAACGAAAGGCGAAAGAAGAAGCUGAACGUAAAGAACUAGAGGAGCUUAAGAAGAAAGAAAAAGCUCGUAAGGCUAAGGAAGAAGCUGAACGAAAGGCGAAAGAAGAAGCUGAACGUAAAGAACUAGAGGAGCUUAAGAAGAAAGAAAAAGCUCGUAAGGCUAAGGAAGAAGCUGAACGAAAGGCGAAAGAAGAAGCUGAACGUAAAGAACUAGAGGAACUUAAGAAGAAAGAAAAAGCUCGUAAGGCUAAGGAAGAAGCAGAUAGAAAGGCGAAAGAAGAAGCAGAUAGAAAGGCUAAGGAAGAAGCUGAACGAAAGGCGAAAGAAGAAGCUGAACGUAAAGAACUAGAGGAGCUUAAGAAGAAAGAAAAAGCUCGUAAGGCUAAGGAAGAAGCUGAACGAAAGGCGAAAGAAGAAGCUGAACGUAAAGAACUAGAGGAACUUAAGAAGAAAGAAAAAGCUCGUAAGGCUAAGGAAGAAGCAGAUAGAAAGGCGAAAGAAGAAGCAGAUAGAAAGGCUAAGGAAGAAGCUGAACGAAAGGCGAAAGAAGAAGCUGAACGUAAAGAACUAGAGGAGCUUAAGAAGAAAGAAAAAGCUCGUAAGGCUAAGGAAGAAGCUGAACGAAAGGCGAAAGAAGAAGCUGAACGUAAAGAACUAGAGGAACUUAAGAAGAAAGAAAAAGCUCGUAAGGCUAAGGAAGAAGCAGAUAGAAAGGCGAAAGAAGAAGCAGAUAGAAAGGCUAAGGAAGAAGCUGAUAGAAAGGCGAAAGCAGCAACACCAUCGCCAACUCCAUCUCCUUCACCAUCUCCAUCUCCUUCACCAUCACCAACUCCAUCGCCAUCUCCAUCUCCUUCACCAUCAAUAGCGGCUCCUGUGAGACAAUUUGGUGCAUGGGGUGCUGAUUUAGUCAAAGAUGCUGCACAAGGAAUUGGAAAGGAACUGAAGAACACAACAUUAGGUACAAUAGAGCGUUUUGGUAAUCUUACGGAUUACACAAUUAGAUCAGCUGCUAAUCUUUUAUAUAACCAGACUACUGAUAACGGUACUGAUGAAUUGGCUGUAAACGGACUAGCAUCAAUUAAGAAAUCAGCAGAAGAUAAAUACGAUGAAUGGAAAAAGAAUAUUAAGGGUGAAUAUAAUAAGUAUGCAUAUCCUGAAGAACAUAUGAAGUUAGAGCUUACCAGACUAAGAUCAAAAUAUGGUAAUGAAACAACAAAUACUACAACGCAAACGACGAAAGCUGACAGAAAGAUUGAUGACACUCCUACUCCAACUCCUGCAAUGGCGAACAUCACAACAAUUGCUCCAAGAGUUCCAACAGGAGAAGGUAUAUCAGGAAAUGUUUCAACUACUCAUAACAUUACUGAAGCAGCUAAUGUUUCAGCAGUUGAGCAACCUGUUGUUAAUGUAACUCAGGAAAACGCUACUGAAACAUCAACACCAAGACAGGAUGUAAAUAAUGAACGUCCAGAAGUUAAGGAGGUUGCAAAAGCAUACCUGGAGAAAAAUACUACACAAGUUCUUGAAGCAGAAAAGCAUCUCAAUUCAGACAAAACACCAUCUCCAACUCCUGAAGCAUCAGUUCCUCCAGCAAUUGGUGGAAAUAUACCUUCAGUAUCACCAUGGCAGAAAUUUUAUGGAUUGUUUAAAGGAGCGAAUAAGGUAAUGGAUGCUGCUGAGAAUCUCCAAAAGUUCAAGAAUGAAGUCGCAACUGGUGCAAAGGAAAUAGAAGAGAAUGAUAAACAAGCUGCUGAAUUAGCUAAACAACAAGCUGAAGCAACUAAACAAGCAGCAGCUCCUAAACAAUCUAUAUCUAAGUCUCAAAGACAAGGUCCUGACCCAAGUGCUAA